GGAAGCAAGGUUAAUGUUGCAUGUAGCAGACGAAUAAACCGGCUCGUGCUGUAUUAGAUGGUUGCCAUGGUAGCCGCUACGUUUGAUACCAAAGAUGGCGAGCAAAUGAAAAUAUCUGUCUAUUAUUAACUGUUUGUUUAUAUAUUUAAUUUUCACUUGCUUCAAAAAUAUUGAGAGUUUUAAUAAAUCCAUGAUCACGUUGGGUUUUUUUUCUGCUAUAAACCGACGUAGCAGUGACGUACCUGUUUCCUUCUUCCUCCAGCUCUUGAGCGAAAUGGCGGCUGAAUAUGUUAGGUUUUUGUACAUUAGCUAACGCAAAACCAAUUUAAGACGCAAUUUUGGUAUCUAGGCGCCAUAAUCGGGUUCCUUCUUUAGUUCUAGUCUAGCAAAUUUCUGGGUUGAAGGCAAAGUUCGGAAAGUCAAGCCUCGAAGGAGUUUCCCUGUGCCGCACGGAGUGAAGCCACCACCACACACAAAUUUCUCAACUAGGAUAUCUGCAAGUCACUUUCAAAGAUGUCUGACAUUCUAACAAGAGGGUUCAGGGCCCAGCUGACCACAGCUAUGGAAUCUAUUUCGAGGAGAGCCGUGUUUGAAAUAAUGAAGAUUUUUGAAAACACAUUGUAUGACAAUCAAAUGGAGCUGGCACAGAAAGGACAAGAGGUCGCCCAACUUAAAAUAAAGUUACAGACAGCAGAGCUAAAGCUGAAAGAACUUGAGGAUGCAAGAGGAGGACAGGUAAAGACGAAUAAAGUCCAGACGAAUCCGUCGCAAACAGAGGUUGAAGUUGUCACAGAAACUCCAGGACAGUCUUCUGAGGUUCCUGAGAUUGAUUUUGAAGUACCCGAUGACUGGUGUUCUCCUCUGGGCUACGAGACUGUGACCAAACCAGAUGAAGUUGUGUGUCCCAGUGUACGACUACGGCCGUUGUCCAUACCUCUGUGUCAUAUUACAAUCCCCAAGGAUGAGGCAGUUCGCUGUGACAUUGACUUGAACCAGAGAAGAAAGGGUGCCAGGAGAUCCAGUAGAAUUUCAAAUUUAAAAGAGAGCAAAAAAACAGGUAAGGACAAAAAAUUACCAGCACAUGAUCAUCGGUUUCAGAACAUUAAAAAUGAUGUGAAACUGUUACUCCAUGACAUCAAAGAGGAAUAUCCGGACCUGAUUGCUUUGGAACAUCAUAGACAAAGGAGGAGAAAAUUAACAGGACAAAAGCAAGAAAAUGAAGUGAAGAGCAAAAGAGAGCAAAGAAAAAUUGCAUCAACUGAGUCCACAUCCAAAGAACAUGAAACAAUGGAAAGUGGCAGCAAAAAUGCUUACUCCUGCAAGAUUUGCAAAAAAGUUUUCGAUACAGAAUUUGGCCGAAAUGUGCACGUACGAUCACACAAAACGUGUCAAGGCUGCAAGAAAAUCUUCCCAAUUCCGAGCACACUGAGACAUCAUAAACGUAAUUGUGCAAAACUCAAGAAAUUGUUGGCAGCCAGCUCUGAAGGCAAACCAGCUGAUAAAAGAGAAACCCGUACGGCAAGCAAAAAACAGGCUAUCAGUGAAGAGACAACACAUUCCUCAAGCAGCAACAACAAUAAGGAGGGAAAUAAAAACGCGGGAAGGUACCCCUGUACGCACUGCAGCAAGUCAUUUGAUUUUCGGUUCAAGUUAAUAGAGCACAUGCGGAUUCAUACCGGUGAAAAGCCGUAUUCAUGCAGCAUUUGUCAAAAGACAUUCCGCAUUGCUCAGUCACUCAGAUUGCACAUGGUGAAAAGACACAAUGACCAAAACACGGAAAUAAAUGGAGACCUAUAUUGGACCAAACCUUUAGAAGAGAUCGAAGAGAACACAGGGGGUUCAGUUUCUCCCCGCAAACACACGAGUGAGGAAAUCGUGCAAAACAAAGAAAGGCGUCGGUCAAAGAAAAGCUCCAGAUGGCAAACAAUGGGCGUGCGGCACAAUCAUGGCUUCAUGUGCUUAUCCUGUCACAAGGUGUUGAGGAGCAAAAUAAUCUUGAUUGAACACUAUCGCAUCCACACAGGAGAGAAACCCCUAAAAUGCGACAGGUGUCCUGCGAUGUUUCGUACUAAUGCGCAGCUGUACGUGCACAAAAAGAAGUGCCGCUCUCCUCCGGCAGCUAUCCAGUGCAAGAAUUGUGGGAAACAAUUACCCUCACAAGAGGUUUAUGACAAGCAUGUGUCUAAAUGUAAAAAUUAGAGCAGGCUCGCCUAAAGGACUAAACCAAAGGACUCCUCUAGUACCAUAUCACGCGCUAACAUCAGUACUAAUUACUGUGAGUAAAGGUGUCAUUACCUGACUGUGGACAUUGAAACACUGGAUUUUGUCUCUGGUGGCUUUAAGUUAAACUGUACUGUUUGUUUGUUUGUUUUGUUUUUUGUUUAAUACAAUUACAUGAUUGUCUUUCAUCUCUGGCGUAUUUUAAAACAAUACAUAAAACAUAAUAAUCAACAAUCAGGUGAUGUCUGCUAUUGACAAAUUGGUAAGAAGAAAUGUCACUAAACUAAGAGUUACACUUUUUUAAUCCACCUAAAACUUUUUUUUCACUAAUAACAUGAAAAUACAUUUUGGGGUUUAAGCAGUGGUUCAGGCUAGUGCAGAUGUAUAAUAACCCUCAGAAAUUUCAGUCUAAAUACUUCUAAAGAAGUUUUUGGUUUUGUUUGGGUUUGUUUUAAAUAUAUUAAAUACCUCAUAAAUUGGGAUAGUUCAUCAUAUUCAUGCAAAAGUUCUGUAAAACCAACAUUGCCUUAAAGUAGACCUGCACUUUGACCAUAAUAGUGACUGCAGUGGUUGUGGUAAUGGAUACUGAAAGACUAACUACAUCAAUAUAGGUUGCAUAACAUAGAUCCCUGCUUGCUAAACUCUGUUUUAAAGGCUUACCCUCUUGUUCAUGUUUAUAACUUGAGCUAAAUGCCAUUCUCGCUGUCUGUCUGUUUUGUGUUUAGCUUGUCCUGUCGUUGUAAACAGCAGUUUGAGAAAUCACAUGUCUUGACCUUUCACAUCAUCCCAAAUUGCCUGAUGUGCUUGAGUGCUUGAGCUUUUCAUGUUGACUGUAUUUACUGGAAAAAAAUCAGUUAUUCUAAAGGUUCAACUGUUGUUUUAUAUCUGAAAACAUUUAAUUGUUCUGUGGUUUUGAUACCUUUGCAAUUUUUAUACAGCUUUUAAUAUAUUUUGUACGUUUGUUAAGUGAUGUUUUGGUUUUGGUUUUUUUUGUCCAAGUUUACAAAUUUCAAAAUGUGUUUAUGUGUGCAUUAAAUAUUGAUUUCUGAAACAGUCAGAACAAAUAUGAAUGCGUUUUACUUUUUUAACUGCUCCAAACCAAAUAUGUGGUUUUAUUUUUGUCGUGUGGGUUUUUCUUUUUAAUCUAUAUGUAAUAGGUGAUCUUACAAGCCUGUUAUACUUUUUCUUUGUAACCGCACUGUAAUUGCUAGAUUGAAUCGUUGUCACGUUUAAAUAAAACCCAAAUUUUA